AUGACUGCGCAGUGCAUUAGGGAAGCCGCGAGAGAGGUAUUAGGGGUCUCAAAGGGUUACUUUGGUGGUCACAAGGGAGACUGGUGGUGGAAUGGAGUGGUGCAAGGAAAAGUGAAAACCAAGAAAGCAGCGUAUCUGAAGCUAGUGGAAAGUGUAGACGAGGAGGAGAAAAGGGUGAAUAGGGAGCAAUAUAAGUUGGCUAACAAAGAGGCAAAGCUAGCAGCUACGGCAGCCAAGACUGCAGCUUUUAGUCGUUUGUACGAGGAACUCGAGGGUCGAAGUAGAGAUAAGAGGUUGUUCGGGUUAGCCAAGGUGCGAGAAAGGAAGACUCGUGACUUGGACCAAGUGAAGUGCAUCAAGGACGAAGAAGGUCAAGUUUUGUUGGAUGAGGGGCUUAUCCGUCGGAGAUUGCAGACAUACUUCCAUAGUCUCUUGAACGAGGAGGGGGACAGGAGCAUUGUACGGGGUGAUUUGGAACUCUCUGGGAGUCGUUUUGACUUUGGACAUUGUAGGCGGAUUAGAGUUGAUGAAGUGGAGGGGGCUAUGCGUGAGAUGAACAGGGGCAAAACGACCAGGCCGGAUGAAAUCCCGGUGGAGUUUUGGAAAAGUGCGGGCAAGGCAGGCUUGAAGUGGCUCACUAGGUUAUUUAAUGUCAUUUUUAGAACGAAGAAGAUGCCCGAAGAGUGGAGAUGGAGCAUGAUGGUUCCUGUAUACAAGAACAAGGGUUGA